GUGUGUGAGCACAUGAAAGGCUUCAGUCCUUUUAAGAAUCACAAGUAAAUCCUGAAGUUCUGAUUUAAAUGAAAAGUGGUGUUUCUACAAGUUGAAACUUCAGAAAGUGCUUAAUUCAGGUUGUAUGGGUGACCUUGUCAGUCUGUCAGCUCUGUUUGCAGCAUCGUUUGCAUUGCAAGAGGUGAUAGUUGUGCAGCCUUAAGUGAAUGAAGUGUUUUGGCUACAUGGGAUGGCGCAAGACUUAUUCCUGGAUGGGGAAGAGAUUGUGGCUGAUGGCUGUUGCUUUCACUCUGGAGCUGAAAAGAGGGAAUCUGUCUGCAGAAACAGGGCACGUUGCAUUUCUUCCCUUUUGGAAAGUCAUCUUUGCAACCGUGUAAGAAUCUGAGGCCUCUAUCCUCUGUCCAGCUUUGCAGUUUGAGUAGCCUCUGAUUUCAAAUAUCUCAUCAUUUCCGCCUGCCAACCUGUCUGAUAUGUCGGGACCCGUGCCGAGCAGGGCCAGAGUUUACACGGAUGUGAACACACACAGACCCCGGGAGUACUGGGACUAUGAGUCGCAUGUUGUUGAGUGGGGAAAUCAAGAUGACUACCAGCUAGUUCGAAAAUUAGGCCGAGGCAAAUACAGUGAAGUAUUUGAAGCCAUCAACAUUACAAAUAAUGAAAAAGUAGUUGUUAAAAUUCUCAAGCCUGUUAAAAAGAAGAAAAUCAAGCGUGAAAUCAAGAUCUUAGAGAACUUGCGAGGCGGUCCCAAUAUAAUCACUCUUGCAGAUAUAGUAAAAGAUCCUGUGUCUCGGACACCUGCUUUGGUUUUUGAACAUGUAAACAACACAGACUUUAAGCAAUUAUACCAGACAUUAACAGAUUAUGAUAUUCGAUUCUACAUGUAUGAGAUUUUGAAGGCUCUAGAUUACUGCCAUAGCAUGGGAAUCAUGCACAGAGAUGUCAAACCUCACAAUGUCAUGAUUGACCAUGAGCACAGAAAGCUUAGACUAAUAGACUGGGGUUUGGCUGAAUUCUAUCACCCUGGCCAAGAAUACAAUGUCAGAGUGGCUUCCAGGUAUUUCAAAGGACCUGAACUCCUUGUAGAUUAUCAGAUGUAUGAUUACAGUCUGGAUAUGUGGAGCUUGGGUUGCAUGUUGGCUAGUAUGAUAUUCCGAAAGGAGCCAUUUUUCCAUGGCCAUGACAACUAUGAUCAGUUGGUGAGGAUAGCCAAGGUGCUGGGAACAGAAGACCUGUAUGACUACAUUGACAAAUACAACAUUGAACUGGAUCCACGUUUCAAUGACAUUUUGGGCAGACACUCCCGUAAGCGAUGGGAGCGCUUUGUUCACAGUGAAAACCAACAUCUGGUGAGUCCAGAAGCUCUGGAUUUCUUAGACAAGCUGCUGCGAUAUGAUCACCAGUCACGACUCACAGCGAGAGAAGCCAUGGAACACCCCUACUUCUAUCCCAUUGUGAAAGACCAGGCUCGGAUGGGCUCGUCCAACAUGCCAGGUGGCAGCACUCCUGUCAGCAGUGCGAGUAUGAUGUCAGGGAUUUCUUCAGUGCCAACACCUUCACCCCUUGGACCUCUAGCAGGCUCACCUGUCAUUUCUGCCACCACCACUCUGGGGAUGCCCGUUCCAGCUGCUGCAGGCGCUCAGCAGUAGUGAUGGGCUCUGUCUCCUGCUGCCUGAGCUGAGUCAGGUGGGGAAGAGGUUUCCCCCUCCACCUCUCCUCAGGAUGCAGCUCGUGCCUGGCAGGGGAAGGGAGGGGAUGAACGCUUUGGAGGCACCGUGUCUGAACUGUUGCUUGUGGAUUUAUAGUAGUUCAGUCAUUAUAUACAAAAUUAUUAUAGGCUGAUUUUUCUUUUUUUACUUGAACUUUUCGUAACUCAGGGGAUUCCCUGAAAAAUACCUACAGAUGGAAUAUUUCUCGGACAGUUUUUUGGUUUUCCCCCUCCCCUCCCCAUUCCCCCCCCCCCCCCCCAAAAAAAAAAUUACUCCUCAUUUAAGAACAAAGAUGAGUCAACAGCAUUUCCAAGCUCUUGCAUCCUGCUGGAAAUCUCUUCUCUUCAUGUUCCCACCAUUAAUCCUCCACGAGCCUGCACCUUGGGGGAUUGUGCUGUUCUCCAGAGACUACCAAACCAAGUCUUCAUGAGGCAGGGGAGGGGGAUUCUUAAAGUACCACUCACCUUUAGCCCCAUGUCCUGCACAUGACUCAGCCAGGGUACACUGAGGAGACAGUUCCAGUAUGGAGAGGUGGUGUAAGUGCAGAUAAUAUCUGAAACCCUAAUUGGAUUGAAUGAAGUCUCCUUAGGAGCCAACCAGAUUGCCAAUUCACCCCUUUGCAUGUAGUUUUAGUCUUAAAAGAUGAAGUUACUGAUCCAAUUGGAGUCCUUGCCACCUUCUAGGAAAGGUGCUCCUGUAGGGUAACCCGUACUCUAAUCAGCCCCUUUCUCAUGGAGAGUUCUUCCUGCCGUUGCUUGGCUUGGAUCUCUGGAAUUAGUUUGUUAUUGGGUAUAUUGUUUUUAAAUUGUUUAUAUAGGUUUCAAGCUGGUGGCUACUUAAAGCUGGAAAAAUCAGACUGCGCCAAGUCCGAUACCACACCUUCACCCACCAUCCCCUCCCUCACGUGCCAUGUGGUGAGAAUACCAGUUACCUCACAGUCUUGUAAAUAUGCACUGAGAGGAAGGAGCGAGCAGACGUUAACUUAAACUGAAAUGGUAGAUCAGUAAUUGUGGACAAAUAUUAUCAUUGACAACGGAAAAGCACCCUUGUUACAGCCCUGCUACCCCUUGCUGUGUAUAUAUACUUUGUCCUUCAUAUGUGAAAGAUCCAGUGUUGGAAUUCUUUGGUGUAAAUAAACAUUUGGUUUUAUUUAUCGA